GUGGCCAGGGCUGGGCUGGAGCUGAAGCUGAGAACCAGGAACCCCAUCGAGGUCUCCCAAGUCAGUGGCAGAAACCCAACCACUUGAGACAUCACCACUGCCUCUCAGGGGUGAGAAAGAGAACCACGCUGCCGAUGACUCCGAGCGAGGGGCCCUGGACAUGUGCUGCAGUGAGAGGCUGCCGGGUCUCCCCGACCCUGUAGUGAUGGAGGCGCCGGACAAGAUGGAAGGGCUCCCUGACUCGCCGACGGCAAUGCCACCGCCCCCACCGCCCACGGAGCCAGCGCAGAAGCCGCCACCUCCAGGCACCGGCAGCCACUCCCUCACCGUCAGGAGCAGCCUGGGCCUGUUUGCUGCCGCCCAGUUCGUGCUUGCCUGCGGGGUACUGUGGUUCAGCGGCUAUGGCCACGCGUGGUCGCAGAAUGCCAGAGACCUCAUCUCCUCCCUGCUCACGCUCCUGAAGCAGCUGGGGGCCACGGCCUGGCUGGGCGCUGGGGCCUGGGGGCUCCCCAGUCUGCUGCUCCUCUCUCUGUCUGUGGGCCUGCUCCUCGUCGCCCCCCUGGUGUGGCACUUCCUGAGGGCUCCUGCAGAGCCGCCCGCCCCACUGCCCGCCGAGGACAGGCGCCAGUCGGUGAGCCGCCAGCCCUCCUUCACCUACUCAGAGUGGAUGGAGGAGAAGGGAGAGGAUGACUUCCUGGACCUGGACCCUGUGCCCGAGACGCCCGUGUUUGACUGUGUGAUGGACAUCAAGCCUGAGGCUGACCCCACCUCACUGACCGUCAAGGCCAUGGGUCUGCAGGAGAGGAGGGGCUCCAACGUGUCCCUGACCUUGGACAUGUGCACGCCGGGCUGCAACGAGGAGGGCUUUGGCUACCUGGUGUCGCCCCGCGAGGAGUCGGCCCACGAGUACCUGCUCAGCGCCUCCCGCGUCCUCCGAGCGGACGAGCUGCACGAAAAGGCCCUGGACCCUUUCCUCCUGCAGGCGGAGUUCCUUGAAAUCCCUAUGAACUUUGUGGAUCCCAAAGAGUACGACAUCCCCGGGCUGGUGCGGAAGAACCGGUACAAAACCAUCCUGCCCAACCCUCACAGCAGAGUGUGUCUGAGCUCGCCAGAUCCCGAGGAUCCUCUGAGUUCCUACAUCAAUGCCAACUACAUCCGGGGCUACGGCGGCGAGGAGAAGGUGUACAUCGCCACACAGGGCCCCAUCGUGAGCACAGUGGCCGACUUCUGGCGCAUGGUGUGGCAGGAGCACGCGCCCAUCAUCGUCAUGAUCACCAACAUCGAGGAGAUGAACGAGAAAUGCACCGAGUACUGGCCGGAGGAGCAGGUGGUGCACGAUGGCGUAGAGAUCACCGUGCACAGGGUCAUCCACACUGAGGAUUACCGGCUGCGACUCAUCUCCCUCAAGAGUGGGAGCGAAGAGCGAGGCCUGAAGCAUUACUGGUUCACUUCCUGGCCCGACCAGAAGACCCCAGACCGGGCCCCUCCACUGCUGCACCUGGUGCGAGAGGUGGAGGAGGCAGCCCAGAAGGAGGGGCCGCGCUGUGCCCCUAUUGUCGUCCACUGCAGCGCGGGUAUCGGGAGAACCGGCUGCUUCAUCGCUACCAGCAUCUGCUGCCAGCAGCUGCGGCGCGAAGGCGUGGUGGACAUCCUGAAGACCACAUGCCAGCUGCGGCAGGACAGGGGCGGCAUGAUCCAGACUUACGAGCAGUACCAGUUCGUGCACCAUGUCAUGAGCCUCUACGAGAAGCAGCUGUCCCGCCAGCCCCCAGAGUGACCGGCACAGCCUCCUCCAAGGUCCUCGGGGAACCACCUCGCCUCGGCCUCCUCCCCUGCCCCGCCCGCUUCCCUGUCUCCAGUCUGCUCCCCCCCGGCCCACCCCCAGCAUAGCUCUUCCUACUGUACAUACGGGGGAGUGGGCGGAGGGUGGGGGAGGAGGUCCCAGGCCGGGCCUAGGGCCCCUGGGCCUGAGCACACCACGCAGACCCGGGGCCUCGGUUUUUAAGGACGGUUCCACCGCUGCUGGGUCCCAAACGUCCCCGCACCACACUCCGAGUGUCCUGCGCAGCGUGUCCUGUCUGUCUCCGUCUCUGCUGUCUGUACCGGACACUGUGUCUCCCAAGUGCGGGAAAGGGGAUGGGGCAAUGAGCUCCAGCCCCCCACCCCGGGCAGCCCAUGCAGGGGCUUGCCGUGUGCCCCCCACCCCUCACAGCCACUUCUCCCAGCAGGCAGACUGUUUUGCCCCCAGUUACUGGGACCUGGUUUGGGUAGUCCCUGGGGAUCUGGGAAGUUCCAGAGAGAUCUUGCCUGAAGGAAGAGGUCUCUGGGUUGGGAUGGGGGGGGGGGCAUCCCAGGGUGGCCUCUGGGCGUCAGAUGCUCUCAGGAGGCAAGGGACAGGUGGGGGUGGCAACCCCAGGAUGAGGCCCGGGAGGUGGGGGUGCCCCGGGGGUGGGGUGAGUGAGCCGUGUUCUGUGCCACGUGGGAAAGCCUUCCCCGAAGUCUCGCUGCGUGCCGCUCUGCGCGUCCCCGUGUCCGUGCGUCCGUGGAGAGCCCCUCGGCAGGGCGUGCAUGACUCUGGCAACGUGUGUUAUCUUAGAGCCACCUGUUUUUAUUGCUGACCUUAAAUAUUUAUUCCACGGCAGACCGAGACAUUUGGUGUCUUUUUAUAACUCGCUCGUGGUCACUGAAUAGAGCAAUAAACGGAGCAUUUUGAGCAAAA